ACGGCAGGAGGCAGUCAUGUCAGCCGACGAAAUGUCUGUAUCCGACGGCGAGCCCGUGACCGGGGAGCGAUGGGCUCCUGUCGGAGCAGUGGCAGAGGAAACUAAUGAGCUGAUCUUAACCACGGCAUCUGCAGAUUCCAGUGCGGUAGAAGAGUCUGGGCGGCUAAGCUGUGGAUCCGCAUCCGGGGAAUUGAUUGAAAAACUCCAAAGGCUCGAGAGCGAGCAAGAGCUACUGAGCUCGUCAUUAUUGGCCCUCACUUCACACUUCGCCCAAGUGCAGUUCAGAUUGAAGCAGAUAGUAAAGGCGGAAGGAGGAGAGAAGGAAAGGCUGCUGACGGAGCUGGAGGACUUUGCUUUCAAGGGAUGCCCGCAUGUUCUAGGAACACGAAGGCUUGAAGAGCAAAUGGUGGAAGAUUCGAGUGAACGUGACAAAAAAGAGCGUGUGGAGGCCCAGCGUCAAAAGCAGCGUGAAUUAAUAAUUCAACUGAAAACACAGCUGGAUGAUUUAGAGACAUUUGCAUACCAAGAGGGCAGCUAUGAUUCACUGCCCCAGUCUAUGGUCAUGGAGAGACAGCGUGUUAUCAUAGAUGAGUUGAUCAAGAAGCUAGACGUGAAUCUGAAUGAUGACAUAAGCUGCCUUUCUCCUGACGAGCUGCGUCAGCGUGUUGAUUCUGCCAUUGCUCAAAUUGUUAAUCCUGCCAGAGUGAAGGAACAGUUGGUGGAGCAGCUGAAAACACAGAUUCGAGACUUGGAGAUGUUUAUAAGAUUCAUUCAAGAUGAGUUUGGCAGCCCUGUGGAGUCUUCAAGCAGUGGUGCAGGAGGGUACCACUCUUGUGCCAGUACAAAUCCACAGGCCAAAGUGAGUCCAGAACAAGCAAAACAGAUGCGAGAGGCAGGAAUUCAUCUUUUACAACGGAUUCUGACUGUCCUCCAGAUGUUUGCAGUCAGCCAGUUUGGAUGCAGUACAGGACAUGUGCCACAUGAUCUUUGGAAGCAAGAUGAGAGCAACAAAGAUUUCUCACCUUUAAUCAAGAAGUUAGAGGUAUCGGUGGAGAAGGUCCGGCAGCUGGCAUUGUUGCAACGGGCUCAUGACCAUGUGAUAAGCUAUGCUUCCACGCGGGAAAGCUUAUUAAGUGGGAAGGAUGAACUUACUGUUGAAGUGAGGAAAGAACUGGCAGUUGCUAUAAAGGAUCUGUUAUCUCAUGGCCUUUAUGCUUCUUCCCAGGCAAUGAGCCUGGUGCUAGCCCCCAUUGCCUGCUUGAUCCCAGUUUUUACCACUUCCCCACCCACUUUCCACCCUUGGGAACUUUUUGUAAAGUACUACAAUGAGAAUAAUGGAAGAGCUUUUGUGGAGUCACCUGCUCGCAAACUCUCUCAGUCUUUCUCAUUACCUGUUUCUGGAAAUACCAGGAUCACCCCCAAACAGAGCCUCCUUUCAGCUAUUCACACAGUCUUGACUGAACAUGACCCUUUCAAACGUGGUGCAGACUCUGAGUUCAAGGCACUAGUCUGCAUGGCUUUAAAUGAGCAACGUUUGGUGUCUUGGCUUAAUCUUCUCUGUAAAUCAGGCUCCUUGAUACAAUCGCAUUACCAUCCUUGGAGCUACAUGGCCAACAGUGGUUUUGAGAGUGCCCUUAAUAUACUCAGUCGACUCAGCAAUUUAAAAUUCAACCUUCCAGUUGACCUUGCUGUACGUCAACUCAAAAAUAUCAAGGAUGCUUUUUGAUUUCCCUCAAAGUCUCCACUAUUGUAUUGUUCUUUUUAAUCUGAAUUGGAGUCCAUUAUUGAAAUAAUUUCUGUUUCUAUUAAAUUCCCCUUUAAAUCCUUCUACUGAAACUUGGAUUAAUGAGUACACUUCUUCCCAUUCUCAGUAGGACUCCAUUGAAGUAAUUGAAGCAUCAGCCAAUCGCAUGUAUGCUAGCAAAACAUAAGUUCUCAGGCAGCAUACAUAUGAUUGGCUGCCACUACUCUGAGUAAUUUUAAUGAAAGCUCAACUCCCAUUUGCUAGUAUGGGAGUUCUACUUGGCAUGUGCAAGAAACAUAAUAGGGUUUGCUCCAUGCUUUCAGAAGAUGCAGCUAGAUGAGUAGUUAAUACUAAUAAGAAAACCAUGCCUGCACCAAAUACCACACAGUGGUAUCUGAGCAUUUAGGAGUAAACUAUUAAAACAAUUUGAUGCAUAUGUGUGUGUAUAUAUAUAUAUUAUAAACAUAUGUGGCUAAAUGUCUAUGAAACCAGAUGCAAUUUUGACAAGAACAUUGUGUAUGUCUGCAGAUUUGCAGCCCUGGAAAUUUUCAUAAAUGUCUGAUCAAAGAACUUAAAAAAUUGGCUUCCUGAUACAUCUCCAUGGUUGUGUUUUCUUGCCUUUGUACGAGUUACAUGGCCUUUGGUGGCAUAAUUGUAUUAAAGCAAUUGUAGAACAACAUUUCUUAAUUGUGGCACUGUCACUUUGAGGUUCUGUGAAAAAAUCUUAUUGUAAUUUACAUAUAUUUCACAUUUUUUAUUGUGGAAAUUCAAGAUUUUAAAUGAAAAUUCACCCCUGAUAAAAAAUAAAGCUGAACUACCAAAGCAAGUCCUAAGAAA